UUGUUGGUGUGAUCGGUGAGAUCGGUGAGCACUUCGUGAGCUCCGUCCCUGCAGCGGCGGCUUUAAGACAAUCCGGGCAUCUGCAAGUCUCCGGAUGACAUCAUCGAGAUUGUCAAUGGUGUCGGGGAGAGAGAGAGAGAGAGAGAGAGAGAGAGAGAGAGAUGGGUGGAGGUGUGUGAGUGCAGGGGAGAGAGAGAGAACAGCAGCCCGAGAAGAGAGAUAAGGACCUUCAUGUUUCUCCUCUUUUAAACAUAAUAACAAUAAUCGUGACAGUGGGAAUCUUUCCCAGUCGUCCAGGGUUUCGGCUGAUCGGCCGUGUGCGUCGUGUUCUUCGGAGCGGAGGGCGAGAGGGAGUGUUUUGGGGGGUUUUGGGUUUUUUUCCCUUUUCGGAAGCGGGACUUGAGGUCACACAUCUCCGAGGUUAUGAGCCGCCCGCAGCCGCGUCGGUGCAUCGCUGUCCAGGGUCCUGAGUGAGGUAGAGCCGGGGCGACCGCGGAGCCUGAACGCAACCCGUGAGUUGAAACGCUCAGAGGCCAUGGAGCUGAGGGUGGGGAACAAGUACCGCCUCGGGAGGAAGAUAGGGAGUGGAUCCUUUGGAGAUAUUUACCUCGGUUCCAACAUUGCCACAGGAGAGGAGGUCGCCAUCAAACUGGAAUGUGUGAAGACCAAACAUCCACAGCUCCACAUUGAGAGCAAGUUCUACAAGAUGAUGCAGGGCGGAGUGGGAAUCCCGUCUAUUAAGUGGUGCGGAGCCGAAGGCGACUACAACGUCAUGGUAAUGGAGCUGCUCGGCCCCAGUCUGGAGGACCUGUUCAACUUCUGCUCCCGCAAGUUCAGUCUGAAGACGGUCCUGCUGCUGGCCGACCAGAUGAUCAGUAGGAUUGAGUACAUCCACUCCAAGAACUUCAUUCACAGAGACGUCAAGCCCGACAACUUUCUGAUGGGGCUCGGCAAGAAGGGCAACCUGGUCUACAUCAUCGACUUCGGCCUGGCCAAGAAGUACCGCGAUGCACGAACGCACCAGCACAUCCCCUACCGUGAGAACAAGAACCUCACCGGCACCGCCCGCUACGCCUCCAUCAACACCCAUCUGGGCAUCGAGCAAUCGAGGCGAGAUGAUCUGGAGUCCCUAGGCUACGUUCUCAUGUACUUCAACCUUGGCUCUCUGCCCUGGCAGGGGCUCAAGGCUGCCACCAAGAGGCAGAAGUAUGAGCGCAUCAGCGAGAAAAAAAUGUCCACCCCCAUUGAGGUGCUCUGCAAGGGAUACCCCUCUGAGUUCUCCACUUACCUGAAUUUGUGUCGCUCCCUGCGAUUCGACGACAAGCCGGACUACUCUUACUUGAGGCAGCUCUUCAGGAACCUUUUCCACAGACAGGGCUUCUCCUACGACUACGUCUUUGACUGGAACAUGCUGAAGUUUGGGGCCGGCAGGACAGCAGAGGAGGGAGAGAGGGAGAGGAGGGAGGGAAAAGAAGGGGAGGAGCGAGCAGGAGGAGGCCAGAGAGGAGCUGGAGGUCGAGCUCUGCCGCCUGGUCCGAACGCGUCAGCAGCAAACAGAGUCAGGAACGAGGCAGACGCUGCCGCUCCCUCCACUCCGGCCACACGUGUCGUCCAGCAGUCAGGUAACCGCUCUCCUCAGGCAGGGAGAGCAGAACGGGCCGAGCGAGAGAGGAAGGUGGCCAUGAGGCUUCACCGCGGCGCCCCCGCCAACGUCUCCUCGUCUGACCUCACCGCACGCCUCGACCAAUCACGCAUCACUGCAUCACAGGUCAGUGUGCCAUUUGAACAUCUGGCAAAGUGAGUUCAUCCUGGCUGGCCUGUAGGUCAGCGGCAGCAGCUGCAGGGUAUCAAAUACCCUUUACUUUUCAAAUGGAUGAAUGAAAAACUUGAGUGAGUGGAGGAGGAGAAGAAGAGUGGGAGGAAGAGGAGGCACCUUAAAGGAGGGGCGGGGGCGUCCGUGUGUCUGUCAGUGCUGUGUGCGCAUGCUCAGUGUUGAACAAAACACGGAGAUGGUGGAACCCCAGUGAGAAGAAACUGAACUCUCGGCUGGAACUGCUUUCUGCGGGGUGCUGACGGAAAAAGAGGGGGGGGGGGGGGGGUGAAACAACACACAGGUCCCGCCCCUUCUUCACUCACCUUCACCUGCCCAGCGACUCAGAGGCUCAAAUUGCAAAAAAAAAUGUAAAAUGAAAACCAUUAACGUGCACAAAAUGGACUAAAUUUCAAUUAUUAUGUGGUUUACACCUGUGUUUAAAUAGAAUAAAAAAAGAAAUCUACAAUCAACCUGCUAAUGUUUGAGAGCUACAUCUGCUGCUUGUGGUGUUCUUGACUAUAAAUUAAUAUAUAUACAACUAUGGAGAUGAACACAGACAUAAAGGUUAUUUAGGCCUAUAAUAGAUGUGACGAGAGAAGGCUUAAAAAUGGACUUGGGGUGGGAUCAGAAGGAGGGGACGACUGAGUCUGUACUGAAUUUGGAGCAAGGCUGCUUUUUGUCAGUAAAUGUCAGUGUCUGUCUGCGCGUUAAUGUCUUAAGUAUUUGUUUUGCCUUUAGCUCUGCUUUAGAGAAUCUGAGGAAAUGAGGGGCAGAGGUGGGUAAAGUGUCUGUUGAUGAAUCGCCCACGGAUGUGAUGACCUUUCAGUUCAAAGUUUAAUGACUGAUGAGGAGAACAUGCUGGUUGAAUGUAUAAAAGAAAAACAAUAAAAAAACAGAAGGAAGAGUAAUGAGACAUCUUUGAGUAGACGACAGGAGGAAGAGAGAGCCGCGAUGAUUGUACGAUAUGACAAAGCCUUAUUUCAGCGCAUAACUCCAGGUACAAGAAGACGUGAGAACAUUAUAAGAUCUUGGUGACAACACCGGUGUUACAUUUGUAUUUUGGUUCUUUACGGCCUCCAUUUUUGUUUUGUUUUAUAAAAAAUGUAAAAUGUGUAUAUACCUUUUACCAGAAUGUAACAGAUAGAUAAAAAUGAGGCUGGAGAGGAGUUCUGUUUAGCUCCUGAGAGUCCUGCGUCAAAAAGUGCAGCAAAAACCUUUAGAGUCUCCCAGAAGUGGUUUUCCGCUGUGGCAGGCAAUGACUGAACGGUUCUUGCAAAUAUUUUUUUGAAUGUUUUGACCCAGGCCUAUCAGUGUGGACAGACAGGCACCAACGGGAAGGAGGUCCUGUACAUUUCUUUACCAUGCUUCAACUUUAUUACUAUGAUAUUUGUGUAUAUUUUCUGAAUCAAUAAAAAAUAUACACAGCUCA